CAGAGGAGGGAGGGAAGAGAAAGAGAGAGAGAGGAGGGACGGACGGAGGUGGAGGAGUCAGGGAGAGGGAAGAGGAGGAGGGACGAUCGGCUGGCAGGCUGGCAGCCGCGCCACCAUGUAUUAUUCGGACACAGAUUCCUUGAGUGGCAUAAGUGGGCGAAUGCGAACAAAGAAAAGGCCAGCUAUUCUCGAAACGGCAAUGGAUCCCCCCUUGAGGUCAUCUGGAAGACAGGUCAAAAGGAAAACGUUUGAAACUGAGGAAGAGGAAGACGGUUGUGAGAAAAAAUAUAGGAAAUGUGAAAAGGCUGGCUGCACUGCAACACACCCUGUUUGCUUCGCAAGUGCUUCAGAAAGGUGUGCUAAAAAUGGCUACACAUCACGCUGGUACCAUUUAUCUUGUGGGGAACAUUUCUGCAAUGAAUGCUUUGACCAUUGUUACCGCAGCCAUAAAGAUGGAUAUGAAAAAUAUGCUACCUGGAAAAGAAUUUGGACCAGCAAUGGCAAAACUGAACCUAGCCUCAAAGCAUUCAUGUCUGAUCAAUUGGUCCCUUUCUGGGUACAAUGUUCAAAGCCCAAUUGUGCAAAAUGGCGCCAAUUAACAAGAGAUAUUCAGAUGACAGCAUCAUCAGCAAAAACAUACCGCUGUGGCAUGAAAACCCAUACUACAGUUAAGAGUGAAAAUACAGACCCCUGCUCUUUGUCCGAAGACUUGCGAGUGGGUGAAGUUGAAGAUAACAAGUGGUACUCAAUGCUAAUUGUGCCUCCACUACUGAAGGACAGCCCAGCUGCCCCCUUUCUUGGUGCCUACUAUCCGGACUGUGUGGGCAUGAGUCCCUCCUGUGUCAACACUAACCGUUUCCACAAUGAGUACUCCAGUAUGAAGAUGAAUUCAUCAGAGCUGAGCAAAACCAUUCAGUCAUCAGGAAUGAGUCCUUAUUUUCAACCUUUCUAUCAACCCAAUGAGUGUGGAAAGGCCCUUUGUGUCAGACCAGAUGUGAUGGAACUGGAUGAGUUGUACGAGUUCCCUGAAUAUUCCCGGGAUCCUACAAUGUACUUGGCAUUACGGAAUCUAAUUCUGGCUCUUUGGAACAUUAAUUGCACAGAAGUUCUCACUCCUCAAAAAUGUGCAAACCACAUAGUAGUCCGAGGACUUGUUCGUAUUCGAUGUGUGAUAGAAGUGGAGAAGAUCUUGUAUUUUGUUACAAGAAAGGGCUUAGUUAACACUGGAGUGUUGACUGUCAAUCCUGACUGCCCUCUUCUGCCCAGCUGUUACCAUAAGAAAAAUGUUAUUGUUAUUGGUGCUGGUGCCGCAGGCUUAGCAGCUGCUCGACAGCUGCGGAAUUUUGGAAUUAAAGUGAUGGUGCUGGAAGCCAGAGAUCGGAUUGGAGGACGUGUGUGGGAUGACUAUUCUCUUGGUGUGACAGUGGGAAAAGGAGCACAAAUUGUUAAUGGCUGCAUUAACAAUCCCAUAGCACUAAUGUGUGAGCAACUCGGAAACAAAAUGCACAAACUGGGGGACAGAUGUGACCUAAUAGAAGAAGGUGGAAGGGUGGUUGAUCCCACCAUUGACAAGUCCAUUGACUUUCAUUUCAAUGCCAUGCUGGAUGUGGUGGCAGAUUGGAGGAAGGACAAGAAGCAAUUUCAAGAUGUUCCUCUUGGAGAAAAGAUUGAAGAGAUCUACAAAGCUUUUAGCCAAGAGUCUGGCGUCCAGUUUAGUGAUCUAGAAGUCAAAGUGCUACAGUUUCAUCUUGGCAAUCUUGAAUAUGCCUGUGGUAGUAAUUUGCAGCAGGUGUCUGCUCGUUCAUGGGACCACAAUGAGUUCUUUGCCCAAUUUGCAGGUGAUCAUACACUGUUUACAUCAGGUUACUCAUCCGUCAUCAGUAAACUAGGGGAUGCACUGGACAUACGACUCAAUAUGCCAGUUGUGUCCAUAAACUACUCAGGUGAUGACAUUUGUAUAGGAACAGCUAAUGGAACGUUAUGGAUGACACAGAAGGUUCUGGUUACUGUUCCUUUAACAUUACUUCAGAAAAACACUAUUCAAUUUUAUCCACAUCUGUCUGAAAGAAAAAUUAAAGCCAUCAACAGUCUAGGCCAAGGGGUAAUUGAAAAGAUCGCCUUACAGUUCCCAUAUAAAUUCUGGGAGAAUAAAAUUCAGGGAUCAGACUUCUUCGGUCAUAUUCCUCCCAGUCCUGACAAACGUGGGCUAUUUGGUGUAUUCUAUGAUAUGGAUCCACAAGGCAAUCAUUGUGUCCUGAUGUCUGUGAUUAGUGGAGAUGCAGUGGCUGUAAUACGGGAUAUGCAAGAGCAACAAGUGAUUGAACUAUGUAUGAAGGUCCUCAAAGAACUUUUUAAGGAACAGGAGGUUCCAGAUCCGGUUAGAUACUUUGUCACACAGUGGAACAAGGACCCUUGGACACAGAUGGCUUACAGCUUUAUAAAGGCAGGGGGAAGUGGUGAAGCCUAUGAUAUAAUUGCUGAAGAUAUACAAGGAAAAGUUUUUUUCGCAGGCGAGGCAACAAAUCGGCACUUUCCACAAACUGUUACAGGAGCAUACCUCAGUGGAGUCAGAGAAGCCAGUAAAAUUGCUGCAUUGUAAAGUAUUUGUCUUGUAUUUAGGACUAAAUGAAAAUGCUGUAUAUGGAAGGUACUGCUCGUUUUUUUUAAAAUGCUGCUAAAUUCUACAAUGGUAGGUCUUUGUACCUUAAAGUACAAUUGAAAAAUGAUUGAAACUUGUUUAAAUACCAGAGUACAAAAAUGAGUGAAGCUUUCAGCAACUAUUUACUUAAAUAAAGGCAAUAAUCCCACUAUUUAGAAUCUUUUAACCAAGUCAUGAAACACAAUUCUCUGCAAUGCAAAACAUUUCAAAUACUGAAGAGUUUUCACAUUUAAUUUUAAUAAGGUUGCAUGGCUAAAUUGAAGCCACCUGUGACUUUGUAGUUUUUGAACUAUUUCCUUUAUUUUUGAAUGACCAAUUUUGGAUUCCAGAACAUGUUAAAGUUGCUGCAAGGGGUAACCAAGGAGUUUAGAGGUAUUGCUGGAAGCGUUUUUUUUGUUGUUGCACCAAAUACAAUUUCCAUCCUUCUGGUGCAGAUUU